ACACGUCGUUCAUUCGCUGAUAGAAGAGAGAGCCGGGGAAAGGGAGAAACACUCAAGGAAUAGAGGACCAAAGGAAACCCCCAACGCGUGCACGCCUUUCGUCUGGCUGUCUUCUGUCGACACGAGCGAGUCGGCCUCGGUUUUUGCAGCCGACGGUACGGAAAACGAGGAAGGAGUGAGCGUCCAUCUAAAGAGCGGAAAAGAGGCGGCUUCAAAAGACUCAAGGAGGGGUCGGACAAGAAGCGAGGCAAGAUGGAAAGCGGAGGUUCCCCUCCCCAGAUAAGCGGCUACCUUCAGAAGAAGGCCAAGACCGGCAAGUGGCAGAAAAGAUGGUUCGAGACCAACGCGCACUACCUUACCUACUACAAGUCGAAGAAGAUGGAGAAGCUCCUGGCGGCACUUAACCUGCCCCAGGUGGGAGAGAUCCGAUUGGUAGACCCAGAUGACGAGUCGUACGAGGAGGAUAACGACGGCUCUCUCUUCACCAUCGAGCUCAACGAUCGCGUUUACACCAUGAAGGCAUCCACGAGGGAAGAGGCCGCUCGUUGGGUUGAGGUGUUGAAGGUGUUGCAGACUAUGGAGGAAGAGGAGAGCAAGACCACGGAGGACCCGACAGCUUCCAUGAUGAGAAAUGCGCAGGGGUCCAUUCCAGUGACUCCCGGCACAGCUACGAGGAGCGCGGACGCCUGGAGUAAGGAGCCGGCGUGCUGCGGUCUCUGCGCUUGUUUCAGUGCCAACUAGAACAACUUGGCGGACCCGCCCUAAUUCGAUUUCCGGUUGUUUCUUUGUUUUUUUUGUGUAAUGCGGACGGCGAAAAGGGGUGGCUGGCGGUUGUGGACCUUGGUGGCGAAAGUUCUCCACCUCCGAUGCAGGCGAUUUCGGUUUUGUGACCGCGAGUCAUGCGGCUAGUUUGUUUUUGAAGUAGGGGGGUUCGCAAACCGCAGUAUUUAUUUGUGGUUACACCCGCUUUCGGGUGUAGUAGGGGGAGGGGACCACGCGAGAGUUACCGAGAGAGGUAGGACAAGCGGGAAGGGUGUGAGGACAGCUGGUGAUCCGGCUGCGAGUGUCCUGGCCGCUGUCAAGAGGCGUUAUUUAUGCCUUCUGAAACGGUCUUCCAGGUUUCUGGAUAGGCGCUGCACCCUUCCUUAAUUAUCCUCCAGAGGCCCGUCCGUGGGCAUGACGAGGAUGUAGGUUUCGUUAGGAAGGCUCUUGGAGGCGUUUUUUGCUGCGCUUGAGGGAAAUGCAGGAGAGCCAGGUGCGAAGGGCAUCGAACGUCGCCACCGGGUUCAAAGCCGUUUCUUCUAGACGGAAGCCAUUUUUUUUUUUAAAGGUUCCGUACAUUAUGCUAAACGUCGGGCCCUUCGAGUUUGUAUCCAUAAGGGCAGCCGUAGAAAUAUUGUCCAGUAAUCAGCCAGGCAGUUGUGUGGCCCGGGAUCGAACAGCACGGUGAUUGUUUGCACCAUAUGCAAACGUGCAUUACUGUGUUGUGGAUGACCUUUCCUUUUGUUUACAUGAAAAAAAAAAAAGGUUUGGUCCAAGCCGCGCGAUUUCUGUUUGUAUCGGUUCGAAGUCGCCGCGCUUUUCUCUUUUUCAUGCAUUCAGUCGUGACGAGCACUGAAUUGAAUGACUUCGAUCGGCCGUGAGACCCGUCGACUGCAAGCGGUUUUUCGAUGUUGUGCUGUUGCGAGGACCACGGAACGAAAAAAGACCGCGGCGCGUGCAAUCAAGCACUCCCAGGGGUCGAGCGAUGAAUUGUUGAUGACUCGGUAAAAAUCUCGUCAAGAAUCACUUCUCUCGUGUU